GGAGAGUUAGCAAUCAGUCAUUCCUUGGCCAGCGUUCAUAGGCGGCCAAUCGGUAUCCUGUCCCGGUCGUAGUCAUGGCGACAGGCAGUAGACGGCCACGAGGGGGGCAGCUCCCUCCAUUCGUGCCAGUGCCUGCCCACAAGCAAGCAGAACUGAGGCGAACACAUGUGGUGUGGGAGUGGGCGGAAAGGGGGCAGGAGUGGAGGUUGACGGGCGGAGGCAACUUCCUCCUGCGCUGCCGACUGUGUGGGGAGGUGUUCACGGGUUCGAGGUCCAGAUCAGUGGAGCACUUCGCGAAACUGAAGGCACACUGCCCCCGACGGAAUGGGGAGAUUUUGUAUAGACUGCAAGCGGCUGGUGCUUUGUUGAGGGAUGCAUUGUCACUCAGACUCGCUGCUGAGCACACAGACAGGAUGGAUGGAGAGCUUGCCGCGGAGGACCUGCGGGAGUUGGACAAGCCAUGUGACCCGGUGCGGGAUUGUGCAGGAGAAGUUGGAGACGGUGAUCGUGGUGAGGGUGGUACACAGCAGGGGCAGGAUGCCGGGACUAUGACAGAUGAGUUGCGGAGCGUUGAAGGUGUAGGAGAUGGUGGAGGGGAUGGAGGGGGAGCUCGGGUUACUGGCACGAUGGCCACCACCUCCACACAGGUGGUGCCGAGGAGGAGACAUACGACCCUAGAUAUUCAUCUAGGGAGCAAGGUCCAACAGGAUCUUGAUCGUCUGUUGGCCCUUGCUAUCUAUCGAGGUGGAGUGCCCUUCAACUGGUUGCGGUUGAAGGAGACGCAAGACUAUUGGAACUACAUAGUCACACUCCUGCGUCCUUCGAUCGUGCCGGUGCCACGGCUGCUGACAUACGAGGGAGUCCGCACAAGGAUGAUGGACAUAAUUUUCCACGAGGUAGUAGCCCUCAUUGCACCUAAAAAGGCAAAGUGGGCUACCACAGGAUGCACGCUGCUCACAGACGGGGCUACUGACACAACCAACAAGCCCAUCAUGAACUUCAUAGCAGCAGGAAAAUCCGGACCCAUCCUCAUCCGGACCAUCAACAUGUCACAUCGAGAGAAGACGGGAGUCGGCCUGGCAGACAUAUGGGAGGGAGUCAUCAGAGAUGAUAUUGGCAUUGACAAAGUGAAUUCCAUCUGCACCGACAACGCAGAAGUGAUGAAGACAGCCGCCGACAUCUUGCAGUCACACCCCGACCCGGCUAUGCGUCGCAUACCUUGGAUCCCGUGUGCAACACAUUGCUUGAGCUUGCUGCUGAGGGACAUUGCGUCGCAGCCUUGGGCGGCCACUGUCAUGAAGAAGGCGCACAAGUUAGUCAAGUUCAUGCGCAACAAACAACGAGUUCUAGCACUUCACAAGGCCAUGAGGAACGCGCUAGUACUGAAGCGACCAGCGGAGACGCGAUUUGGGACAUUGUUCAUGAUGCUGGAGAGGCUAUAUGAGCAGAGGGGUGUGUUAGACAAGUUCGUGUCAGGGGAGUUGUGGGCGCAGGUGCGGUGCACUGGGGAUGUGAGGAGGGAUGAGCCCGAGGUGCGCAGGAUGUGCAGAGACGAGUCUUGGUGGGAGAGGGUGAAGAUGGUCGUGGACGUCAUGGCCCCGUGCUACAGGUUCCUCAGGGAUAUGGAUAGGGAUGGGUCAUCACCCACAGGAUUGUGGGAUUUGGAGAGCAUAUUGCGGGGGAGGGUCAGGGGCCUUGGACUGACAKRGGAUGAGAGGAGGGCGAUCAUGGAUAUCAUAUCCGACAGAUGCAGGAUGAUGYGUCAGCCUGCCCAUGCGGCUGCKUAUCUGUUGGAUCCUCGSCGUCGUGAUAUCUCGUUGCUGACGGASCGCAGCAGCCCAGUCGUGCAGAGCGCGCUARACCACUUGGCUCGCUGUCAGGGUGCAGGUUGGGAGUCUGAUUCUUUGCAUAAGCUUUGGCAGGCAUUGUGGACUUUCCAUUGCGAGGACCCUCUCUAUUGGCCGAAGAGUGGAGCGCACUGGUGGGACGAGUUUGCGGUGAAGGACGCGGCGGAGGGGGGGAUGCAUGCAGCGAUGUGGUGGGAGCUUCACGGUGGUCAGAAGCCGAGACUGCAGACGAUUGCGAAGAGGGUUUUGGGUAUGUGGUCAACGGCCAGUCCUUGCGAGAGGAACUGGUCCACCGACGAUUUCAUCCACACGAAGAGGAGGAACCGCCUUUCUGCAGAGAGUGUCGAGAAGCUGGUGGAGGACCCCGUGGAGGAGAUCGAUGGUGACGACAGUGUCCCCGCAGAGGUGCCAGAGGAGGAGUGGGAGGAGAUCGACAGGAGGAACAGGAGGAAGGAGGGCCGUAAUCGAUUUGGGAAGGGGAAGGCACCGAUGGAGGAUGAGGAUGAGGAUGAGGAGGGUGAUGAGGCCCUUUGGCAGGAUGCGGUGUGGAUGCACAGAGAGAUGAUGGAGGCGCAGCAAGAGCGGAGAGACGCAGGCCGUACGUUGCCUGAGGACCAGCAUGACUUAUUGGACGAGUGGGGUGGAGCGGACCCUCACACCGAUUUCAACGCCUACAUCGGGCAGAGUGUGGAUACCGUGAGGAGUCUACGGGGGAGGGUUGGGGGUCGGCUAGAUUUGGAGGAGCUUUUGACCGGGGAUGGCGAGGCAAGCUGCACAGAGGUAGGGCAGGAGGAGGAGAGAGGUCAGCACAUUCCACAUUCGUCGAUUGCCGGAGAGGGAGGACAUACUGGGGGUGUUCCAGUUGAUGCACGUACGUCGGCUCCUGCAGCACCCCAUCACGCUGCUGAGAGGAUUCUGCGAGGGGCAGAGGAGGAGAUGAUUGGGAGGGAGGGUCAUCAUGCGGAUGAGAGGCUGGAGGACACACACCACGUGCGCCAGAGGGUGGAUGACAGGGUGGACCCAUUACCAGCGUCUGUCGCAGAGCUUGGUGAGGAGCAGAGGGUGGAGCAGCGGGUAGAUGAGAUGGUGCAGGAUAGGGCGGAGCAGAGGGCUGACCAGAGGAUUGAACACCGGAGAGAGCGAAGGGAUGGACACAGCUUGGAGGUUCAGGUGGACGUUACCAUGGACGAGAGCGUAGUUCGACGGAUGGAGGACAGGGGUGUAGCAUCUACACGCGAGAGUAUGAUCCAGAAUGAGGGUGCUCAGGUUGCUACAGAGGGGGGGUGCGGGAGGGAGAGUGAUGUUAGACUGCCGACUGCCUCAUUCUAUGGGAUUCCGCCCAUGCCCACACGCGCCACACCAUCACCCGAUGCAGCAAGUGUUCAUCUUCUCGGCAGAUCGACGACAGUUGGACGUCAUGGUGAUGGCACUUCAUCUCCCGCAGUGAAGAGGAGGAGGGAGGAUGACGGAGGCGCAUUACCACCUCCUCCACGAUCGCAGGGUGGCACAGGCAGACCUCGUGGUCGCCCGCGAGGCUCAGGAUCAGGCAGGGGUCGAGGCAGGGGUCGUGAUUCAUGGGCGAUGAGUGCAUUGGGGGCAGACGACGCGGGUGAGGACGAUGUUGGGCAGGGCACCACUGCAUGCACUGAUGUGACGGUGGGUGUUCGCACGAGGUCUCAGGCCUCGAGUGGAGUUCGCAGUACGGAAUCCACUCGUAUCAUUGACAACGAUUCAGAUGCGGCCUCAAGUGAUCGCCUUUCUGGUAGUGACUACGUGGAUGAGAGGGAUAGUGAGACUCAUGCCCGGGGAGAGGACCAGAGUGGACAUGACGAUAGCUCAGAUGGUAAUGGGCACGAGGAGGACUAGAGGGAUGUUCACUACUGAGCUGAGGGAUGUGUUCUGUCAUCGAUGGUUGUAGCAUGGAACUUGGGCUUUGAUGUU